AUUAUCUUUAAGCUCUUUCUAUUAUCUUUAUGCUCUUCCCAUGAUCUUUAUACUCUUUCUAUUAUCUUUAUGCUCUUCCCAUUGUCUUUAUGCUCUUCCCAUUGUCUUUAUGCUCUUCUUAUUGUCUUUAUGCUCUUCCCAUUAUCGUUAUGCUCUUCCCAUUAUCUUUAUGCUCUUUCUAUUUCCUGCUGUUUUUUUAUGUAAGUCCACCUUAUUUCCUAUGUCUCAUUCAUUAUCAAUUUAUCUCUCUCUUACUGUAUGCUUAACUCCUAAUAUAUGCUGCCAACAUCAUUGAAC